UUGUGCAAGCUUGAUGACGCUUUCGCUUUUGUUUUAGCGGAAGGGUAAACUUAGCUCUUUCCAUUCAAGCAGUUGUAAUAAUUUUCGUAUAUAAUCUUCAUACUAUGAUAUCGAUUCAAAAUCGAUUGCACUAGUUACGUAAUUAUGAAUUUAUUUGUUUACGUAAUUUGAUCAAAAUAAAAAGUGACGUUUGUUAUCACCUUGAACAUAGAUUACUAUUGUUAAACAUGAGUGGAGUGUUCUACCGUCGAUUAUCGUAUUUAAAACCUCGCAGUUUUACAAAUGAUUCAGUGACAAACACUCUAAGGACGAGUUCAGUUAGAUAUUUUUCUAAAACACAAACAAAAAACAUGAAAUUUGUGCAAUUUACAUACAAACAGCCGUCCAAAGGAAACGAUGACCUAAGAGUAGGAUAUCUCGAAGGAAACAAUGUUGUGGAUUUGAACAAAGUAGACUCCAGCUUGCCUACUACCCUCCUGGCCUUAUUGAGAGGUGGACACUUGGAUAAAGUGAAAAAACUACAGUCCACCAACCCAACUUCGGUGCCACUGUCUUCAGUGACGCUUGCAGCACCAAUAACGGGCAUGGACAAGGUGCUCUGCAUCGGGUUGAACUACAAGGAUCACUGCACGGAGCAGAACCUGACGCCGCCGCCGGUACCGAUGAUGUUCAGCAAGUUUGCCAGCUGUGUCAUUGGACCCAACGAUCCAUUGAAGAUCAGAACUAAAAUUACACAGAAAGUCGACUGGGAAGUGGAGCUGGCAGUGGUGAUAGGCAAGACCACAUCUUCAGUUAAAGCUGCGAAUGCCUUCGAUUAUGUUCUCGGGUACACGGUCGCCCAAGAUAUCAGCGCCAGAGACUGGCAGAAGGAUAAGAAUGCUGGACAAUUUCUUCUUGGCAAGGCAAUGGAUACCUUUUGCCCUAUCGGGCCGUGCAUAGUGACGGGUGACGAGAUAGGGGACCCGCAGAACCUGGCCAUCAAGUCCUCACUCAACGGCGAGCUCAAACAGAACAGCAGGACCGACCAGCUGGUGCACAAGAUUCCUGACGUCAUUGAGAGACUAUCCUCUGUAAUGACGCUGUUACCUGGCGAUAUAAUACUGACAGGCACGCCCGGAGGCGUAGGUAUGUAUAGGAAGCCCCCGCAGUAUCUGAAGCCUGGUGAUGUUCUCGAGAGCGAAAUAGAGAAGAUUGGAGUGCUCACCACCAGAAUUGUUGAUGCUUAAGCUUAUAGUGGAGUCUAGUGUAUAUGAUAAACUAGCUGUUUACCCGCGACUUGGUCAGCGUAGAAUAGCCAAUUAAGUCGAAUUUUCAACAUGAUUUUCAUACAAACUUUCAUCCCCCACCAUACUCAGCCCCCAGUCUGAGAGGUGAAAGUUUGUAUGAAAGUUAAAGACACUGUUAAAGAUGAUCAGCCAAUUUGUGUGGGAGACAAAAGUUUUUGUCAUUUUUUGACAUCGGUUUCUUUUGAUACGGAAUUAGUUUUACCAUUUAAAAAAAUUCUUAUAUACGAGAUAAACAUCUUAAGGUCAUUGUAAAAAGAUUAUUUUCCAUCUUGAUCUGAUCGGGAAUCGAACCCGGGACCUCUAGUGUAGCAGUCCAGUAUGAUGACCAUUAGGGUACAGAGGUCUUCAAGUACUUUGACAGUUGAGAGGGUAACCCUUCAAAUGUAAGUAAUAUUUUUAUACUAUGUAUCAAUCGUUAAGUUUAAGAAUCAAGAGGAUAUACAAUCACAUUACGUUUACAAAAAAAUUAGGUAAAUAAUUUUGUUGGUUUUAUUGUUAUUUAGAAAUGUUGCAAAUUGUUUUAAUAUUUUGGGGAAAAUGGUUGUCAUAUUUUUACUUCAAUUAAAUGCAAAAGUAUAAUAUAAAAUAUCCGUGUUAUAACUCAAGUAGUUUGUUUUUCUUACAAUUAUUAUUAUUAUUUAAUCAAUAUUACCAUGUCUUUUUAUGAUUUUACAGCAACAUAAAUUAAUAUAGCCCUUUUAGAAAAUCACUUUUUGUUCUUGUUUUUUCCUUGGAAUGUUCAGGUUUGAAAUAAUAUUCGAUAUAUUUUCAACAAAGUUUACCAAUAAAUACUGUGAAGAUUGUUAAGAAAAAACUGACUUGACUGGUUUGAACAAUGUUCUACAUUUUUAAAUCACAAAAGCCAUUGUAAUUGACUGAAUAGUUCACAAUUUAGCUAUAUUCUUUGUAACCAAUAUUAAUAUUAUUUACAUGUUUUUUGUUGUGCAUUUCAUUUUUAUGAUUAUAAUUAUGUACUUAUAUGCAUUUAUCCUUGUUACAAUAAAUUUGUAUCCAAAAACA